UUUUACGACGUUCUCAGCGCUACCCUUUUCCGCUCCACGGUGACCUCCGCGCGGCCGGGUGCAGGCGGAGUCUUCCUCGAUCCCGUGGUGCUCCGCGGCGCGGCCUUGCUCUCUUCCGGUCGCGGGACACCGGGCGUAGAGGGCGGUCGCGGCGGGCAGUGGCGGCAGAAUGUUGGCUACCAGGGUAUUUAGCCUAGUUGGCAAGCGAGCAAUUUCCACCUCUGUGUGUGUACGAGCACAUGAAAGUGUUGUGAAGAGCGAAGACUUUUCACUCCCAGCUUACGUGGAUCGGCGUGACUAUCCCUUGCCGGAUGUGGCCCAUGUUAAGCACCUGUCUGCCAGCCAGAAGGCCUUGAAGGAGAAGGAGAAGGCGUCCUGGAGCAGCCUCUCCAUGGAUGAGAAAGUCGAGUUGUAUCGCAUUAAGUUCAAGGAGAGCUUUGCUGAGAUGAACAGGGGCUCGAAUGAGUGGAAGACGGUUGUGGGCACUGCCCUGUUCUUCAUCGGGUUCACCGCGCUCGUUGUCAUGUGGGAGAAGCUCUAUGUGUACGGCCCCCUCCCGCAAACCUUUGACAAAGAGUGGGUGGCCAUGCAGACCAAGAGGAUGCUGGACAUGAAGGUGAACCCCAUCCAGGGCUUAGCCUCCAAGUGGGACUACGAAAAGAACGAGUGGAAGAAGUGAGUGAAGCUGGCCUGCGCCUGCCUCUGUCACCUCCAUGCAACUCCAUGCCUAUUUACUGGAAACCUGUUAUGCCAAACAGUACUACUGCUAAUAAAAUGACCAGUUUACCUGAAA